AUGUCCACGCCGGCAAGUGGCCCUGAUGAUUACGAUGCAUUCACCGAGAGCCAAACACGGACUCGCAAGCUGUUCUCAUUUCCACAGCUAUUAGCCUUCUCGUUCAUGUACUUCAUCACCUGGCUAGGAGUGGGAACUGGGAUGUAUUUCACUCUCAUCAACGGCGGCCCAGCAGCGUACCUCUUCAACUUCAUCGUCGUCAUCAUCGGCGUCCUCGCCCAGGCUGCCUGCCUCGCAGAACUGGCGUCCAUCGUUCCGAUCGCAGGCGCGCAGUACUAUUGGACAUACCACUACGCACCUGCAAAGUACCGGCUCUUCAUGACCUGGAUACAGGGCUGGACAACAUGGCUAGGCUACGUCGUGCUGUUCGCCUCAGCGCUCAAUGCCAACGUCAUCGUCGUGCAGGCAGUCAUCUCAAUCACCCACCCUGACUACGAAACCACCGGGUGGCGCACGACGUUGUUCGUGAUAGUCACGCUGGUGCUAUUCACGAUCAUCAACGUGUGGUUCUUCUGGACCGUCCCGUGGUUCGAGAUGAUCUCGGGAGUUCUGAAUGUCUGCUUCUUCGUCGUGACGAUGGCGUCGCUAUGGGCGCUCUCGCCGCGGAACGGGCCAGAGUUCUUCCUCACGACGAGCAGCUUUUCUGGGUGGGACAAUGAAUUCAUUAGCUGGAACCUGGCCAUGCUGUCGCAGAUAUGGUGCUUCAUCGGCUUCGAAGGGGUCAUCCACAUGGGCGAGGAAGCCCAAGACGCGCGUCGCUCCGUGCCAAAGGCCAUGGUGGGCGCCAUUGCCGCGAACGGCGUCAUGGGCGUGGUGAUGAUUGUAACUUUCAUUGUCUGCAUGCCUCCCCUGGAGGAUAUGCUCGCUUCUCCCAGUCCACUGAUAUAUCUGCUCGUGCGCGGAACGGGGUCCGACACGAUCGCCACCGUCAUCGGGACUGGCAUCGUCUUUAUUCUCUUCAGUGCGACACUCGGCAUGUGCUCCUCGACAAGUCGGCUGACUUGGGCGUGGGCUCGCGACGGUGGACUCCCCACAUACUUCGGCCAUGUCGACAGCAAGAACCGCGUGCCUGUCAGAGCCGUCCUGCUGACCUGCAGCAUCGUGGCCGUCCUCAGCCUGCUCAACCUCGGCACGGGCGCGUACGUCGCGCUCAACGCCGUCAGCUCCCUGUCCUCCCUGGCGCUGUACCUCAGCUACGUCAUCAUCCUCAGCCUCGUGCUGCACGCGCGCCUCGCCACCACCACCGGCCUGCGCGUGGGCGAGUGGAAUCUCGGCCGCUGGGGCCUGCCCCUGAACGUGUUCGCGCUGGUGUACACGCUGUACACGAUGAUCUGGCUGCCCUUCCCCACCACGCUGCCUGUGACCCCGGAGACUAUGAACUAUUGCGGCCCGGUGUUCGCGGCGGUCAUGUCGGGAGUCGUUGGCGCGUGGGUUGUGUGGGGGAGGAGAAACUGGCGGGGGCCAAACAGGAAGAUCGUGGAGAUUGUCCUACGUCUUGCAUCCGAGUAG